AUGGCCGAGUCAAGAAUAUUUACGUUCUUAGUCUUAACCUACGCGAUUAUCGUCACAGUCAUCAUCAUCUACGACAGAACGGUUGGCCGUACAGCUUUUGCACUAAAGGUUCAACCUCAAAGUUUAGUCUCAGAAGUAAAUUGGGAAGCUGUUCAAGCUAAAAAUGUCUCGAAGCCUGCCAACCAUAGCUCCGACGAGUCAACUCAGAGACCGACAGAAGACACACUCAAAGUAAAUGAAACUCGGCAGAAGGUAGAAAAAGAAAAAGAAAGCACGGGAAAUUGCCCGCUGUUUGUCAGCACUGGCCUAAACGGUCGCCUUGGCAACCAGAUGUUUGAGUACGCCGCCACUGUGGGCGUGGCCCGUUCUCAAGGACGUAUCCCAGCUCUGUUGACCAGGACCAGCGACAUGCAGAACGCCUUCCAAAUAACACACGCGAGGACCUUCAACACUUCCCACGGCUGUGAUAGCUGGCAGGCAGUUUCCGACAAACAUUUUGGCAUUUUUGAAAUUGGGCUCACUAAGCUACCAAAGAAAAACACAACGUUGUCUGGCUAUCGUCAGUCCUGGAAAUAUUUCGAAUCAGCGCAAGAUGAAUUGAGAAAAGAGUUCACAUUCAAAGACAAUAUUACAGCAGACGCCAAGAAACUGGAGGCAGAAAUUCGAAGAAACUUUCCCAACAGAACUGACGAUCUCAAAUGGUGCGCAGCCAAUAUCAAGAGGCCUGACGUACAUGUUUUGAGCUCGGCUUCGCCCCAGCUUCAUUUGGCGUUCCUGGCGCGAACAAGCCACGCCGUUAUCUCAGCUGGUACCUACAGCUGGUGGGCCGGCUGGCUGACCGGAGGAAAGGUCAUCUAUUUCUCUGGGUAUCCAGGGAAUGGCACAUUUCUCAUGAACGAUUUCAAGGCGGCGGAUUAUUAUCCACCGCAUUGGAUAGGAAUUGGAGAGUGA